CCCUCUCCCUCACACCCCGGGGUUUUGUAUACCUUCUUCUGUCCCCACAACCAAACCCCUCAUCUAGAGAGAGAAAAUUCCCUUCAUUUUUUAGAGGGAGAAACUCAUAGAAUUAAAUAAAAACUGUUUUUUUUUGUUGUUGCGUUCGUUAAUUGAAAUGAUCAUACCAUACUUUAGAGAGAGAAAGACGUAACUUCUAUGAGAAUUCAACCGAAUUUUUAUGCUUCAUUUUCGUAAAUUCAUUUUGUGUAAUAAUAAUAAUUUAAAAUAUAAUUCGUGAGAGGUUUAUUAUCAUCAGUUCGUUGUAGAUUAGGUAGUUUAUCAUUGAUCGAAGAAGGAAGAUCGUUUCGUUUGUUAAUCAGGACAUUCCUACAAUUUGUUCAUUCAGACAGCUUUUCCUGGCAUGUAUUUCUGAAAUAUGGUGUUGUUGAAGAGAACAUUGGAUCACGGUGUUAAUGGCUACCCUUCUCCUGCUAUACCCAGGGCUCCCAGAUCCAUACGAAAACGGGGGUUUCGUCAGAAAAAACGUGAAGGUGGCCAAGUAUGUGCAUUUGAGUUGCUGGCAACGGUUGCUGGAAAGUUGUUAGAAGAGAGUGAAUGCUCUUCGGCUUCUAGUAGUGCAGCUGUGGGAUUUGAUCAGUGUGGAAUUGAUAAGAAUGCUGCUAUUAAGAAGGAGCUUCUGGAUGUUGAUAAGACAUUGGGAGGGGAACAUGAUGAUCAGGGUAGCUCUGAGGGUAGCGUCUUUUUCUCUGGUCUUCAGAGGGAUACCUGUAAAGGGAAGCUUGAAACAGUGAAAGAAGUGACCGCUGAUCAUGUUUCUCUUUUUGCAAGCUCUGCGUGCUCUGAGAAGGUUGAUUGUGAAUCAAAGUUGGUAACCCAGAAAAUCAACGACGUAUUUGUAAAACAUUCUUGUAAAAUAGAUGGGAGUUCCCCCAAAUGUGGGGAGUCUGAUGAUACUAACUUAGACAAUGGGCUCAUUAGGAAACUUUUAUGUACUAAUGGGGAUGCUUCUGGAGAUAUCACUACAGCUAACAAGUCAUCUGCACCAGCCAACUGUGAAGAAAAUGUUAAUUUGACUCUUUGUAGGGGCUCUAAUCCUAAUGCUUCUUCUCUGAAACACGGGAGCGAUGUAAAACUAAACUGUAAAGAUGAUGAUGAAAUUCUUUCUCGGUGCUCUAAACCUAACAACACGAUGAAGGCAUUCAGGUCACCGACAUGUGUUGAAGACCAUAAGCUUUUGAUGUCCGGAUGCUGGAAGACGGUCCCAAAACUGAAGGAUGAUGAACCUUCUAACACAGAUGGUGGAUCAAAACAGAAUUACCCUUGCAAGAGACCCUCUUAUGAGAUAGACAGGUCUCAACGUAAUACUCCAUUCAAGAAACGAAGGUUAUUGGAACGAAGCUCAGUGGUGACAUACGAUGGAGGCAUAAGUUGUGAAAGUGUUUCUAACUCUCCGGAGAAGGAAAUAGAUGUGGAGAAGAAUCUCUCAGCUGGGAAGCUGCAUGAAGGAAAAGGGAUGCCCUCUUCAGUGUUCUGCCGCCAAAAAUCUUGCAAUUCAAGAAACUCUCAAGUGCGGCUUAGCAUUAAGUCCUUCAAAGUACCAGAGCUUUUCAUUGAGGUUUCGGAAAGUACAACUGUUGGUUCACUCAAGAAAACUGUUUUAGAGGCUGUGACAACUAUACUUGGUAGUGGAUUGCGUGUUGGUGUACUUCUCCAAGGAAAGAAGAUUCGAGAUGACAGCAGAACUCUACUCCAGUCUGGCAUAGCCCAAAGUGACGAUAUGGAUACAGUUGGGUUUAUGUUAGAACCAAAUAGUCCAAGUCAACCUUCUCCACCUAUAUACCCUGAAGAACCUCCUUCUCCGCUUCCAUGUGACUCACCUAAAUUUGUAAAUAGGUCUCAAGUUAACCCUAAUGGUGACAGUUUUGCUAUCAAAACGCCUGAAAAACCUUCUAUAACUUAUUCAAACAGAUCUUCUGGAAGUAUCAAGGACUUAGUUCCUUCUACUACUGAACUGACUGACAAAACUGUCUCAAAUUCCAAGGCUCUGGUGUCUGUUCCAGAAGAAAGUAUGGAAGCUCUUACUGUGGUGCCUAUGAGCCAGAGAUCCAAGCGUCCUGAUAUUGGACAACGUCGUACUAGGCGACCCUUCUCUGUUUCCGAGGUAGAAGCACUUGUUCGAGCAGUGGAGAAACUUGGAACUGGAAGGUGGCGUGAUGUUAAGCUGUGCUCCUUUGAGAAUGCUAAGCACCGAACUUAUGUCGAUUUGAAGGAUAAGUGGAAAACAUUGGUUCACACGGCAAGAAUCUCACCGCAGCAAAGGCGAGGGGAGCCAGUUCCCCAAGACCUUUUGGACAGGGUAUUAGCUGCUCAGUCUUACUGGUCCGAGCAUCAAGCCAAGCAACAUGGAAAGCAACAGCAGCAACAGGGUAUUUUCCCUAAACUUACCGACUCGGUAGCCGGUAAAGCUUGAAUACAUUUUUUUUAGUUUGUAGAUUUCUAAUUGUUAUGUAGAAAAUUGGAAAAACAAGUUAUAGGUACAACCGUAAAAGUAUAACUUACAGGGGGGUAAAGAGAAAAUAUUGUAGAAAUUUUACGAAAACAUUCAUGUAGCACCCAUUUUUUACCAUAUUCAUUGCCAAUGGCUCACAAUUAGCGGAGAAGCUUUUGGCCCCUUUGUAAAUGAUUUGUAAUAGAAUAAGAGGGUUUUUCUAAAUUGGAAAAACCCAUUGUUCUUUGAUUUUUGUAAAGACUAUAUUAUACUUCAAUAGAGGAAUUUUUUUAAUGAA